UAUCGUCUGCUAGGCCAGUAUUAAAACCCCAACGAGAACGUUUCUGAUUGAGUAAUUAAUUUAUUUUGUUCUAUUUUCAGAUGCUUUUGGGAUAACUAACGACGUUAAAGGUUUUGUUACCAUUCUAAGAAGUUACAAGACGGUGGCGGCAUCCAUCAAACAAAGAGAGAUAUACUUAAAUUGGAAAAGAAAUUAACGAAGAAAAAUAAUCAGUGGUUGAAAGUAAACAUAUAUCGAGCUAUGCCUUUAAAACAGAGUCCUACGCAAGUGGUGGACGACAAAGAAAUAUAAGUUUACCCUUAUUAUCCAUAUUUGCUUUGUUGAAGUAGCGUUGAAAACUUUUACGAAGAAAGAAAGAGGAGGGGAUCUUGUUUACAUAAUAUUUCAAAUAAUUAGCAGGAAGAAUUUGGUAUAUUGACGACGGUUGUUCAAUGGAGAAGAGUUUACCUGAUACGAUGCGUAAAUGACUAAGCUAGUAUGAUCUAAAUUGAUAAACAAUUUACGCAAAUCAUCACUUUAUAUUAAAUAAAUUCAAGAUCAAGUUAUCAUUUGUGUAUAUAUGCCGCACAAUCGGUUGAGGAAUAAAGUGUAAAGUACUCGUAAUAUUAGCAAAAUGAACGCCGUGCUUUUUUGACAGGUUUUAAAUUAUAAAUAACGGAGAAAGUAGAUAUUGAAACGAUAAUUGCCGGAAAGGAAACGUGAAAAUAAACGAACUUGAAGAAAUAUAUAUACAAAAUGCUUGAUGUGUCAUUGAACCGAAUUUAAUAUUAUAAAAGGUAGAUGGUAUCUUUGUUAUAAAUCGACGCUAUAUCGGAGUUAAUAACUGCUUAAUAGAAGUGACCCGCGUGGCAUUUAAUAUCGGGUUAUUUUACCUGUCAGUUUAAAUGAAAGGAAUCUUGAAAAAAAAUGUCAUAGUUUAAUAUAUCAGAUCAAAUCAAUUUGUUGAAAUGUAUUAGAGACAUCGAUAAGAUAACAUGACUUUUCGGCUUAUUUAUCUCAUAUAACAUUAGCACAGGAUUAGGGAAAAAAACUUACUUGAUUUGAUAAAAAAAAAGAUUGCGGGAGAGUGAUUAAAUAAGUAAUUACUUUCGCCAGAUGGAUAUAUAGAAGUUAUAUGAACAGUAAUCAUUAUUGUAUGGAAGUGUAAUGUGGUAAAUGUUGUUCGAUAGCAUUUGGUAACAGCCGCAAUAAAUGAUUGUGUAACAGUGCGAUAUAUUAAAUAUACGUUCAAGAAUUAAUCAAUACCGGAAGUGGCGCGCGUUAAGCGUUUGUGAGCGUUGAAGGAAAGAAUUGUUUCAGUAUACCAAAUUUUUGACGGUGUGAUUAGAGAAUUAGACAUAAGUUUUAAUCAAGCACACAGAAAGCUUGCUCGGUUAAUGAACUUUAAUGCGUUGGUAUUUGUUUUGCGCACUGUGCUAAAAUCAGGAUAUAUUUUAUUUCUUAUAUAAAAGCAAGAAGGAACAAGAAAAUAGUUUUAACGUUUGGAAAAUAAAUGGUCCUAUUCAGUUGAUCUAUUUAUAUACACAAUAUUCAAUGCAUUGAGGGACUCCAUUUUCUUUGUGAAAUAUCAAUAGAUUUUUUGCUUUCGGAGUUAUUGUCAGGCGUGAAACCGCGUUAACCUUUCAUUUAAAAGAGGGACUUUUUCAUUUGAUUAAUUGAUUGAGUUUUCUAUAGCCUAUAAAACGUCGCUUUGUAAUACGAAUGGUAUGAAUAAUUAUGACAUUUAUUAAACAUUUAUUGACAACAGGCGCCUUGCUGUGAAUGGAUACGAAAAUGAAAUAAAAAAAGGAAGAAAACCUAGCAGAAUCGGGUAGAAUUUAUUAAAAGGAAUGCUUUAUUAGGAGAGCUCGACCAAAACUGAUCCGAACUCAUUAAAAACAUCAAUUUGACAGUCAUUCUCAAAAAAAAUCAUUUAAAUCAAAAAACCUCUCGUCAGCCGAUCUCCAUUCUUACUGUUGAAUUGUGUAGAUCUACUUGAAAAAUAAGUAAAUAAAUGUUUAAACAACGCUUAUAUAUCUCCAAUGGCGUGGAUACCCCGCUUUCAAUAUCAAUAUAUAUAGGUAAGCAAAAUCGAUCAAAACUUCAAUAGUUUUAUUUGUAUAAGAACCCGUGGAUGGGACUAUAUAUUUUCCAUCUUUCCGAAAUCUAUUUAUCGGCAAAUUUAUUUGAGAGUUUUUAAUUCAUAAAUGACAAACGGUUUAAAUGGACAGGUUUGUUAGAGGAAAUCGUACAACAUUCAAGUGGAUUAGUUAACAAAAAUCAAAACAAAAAGGGGAAGGUUUAAUUCAUAUAUAGCUAUAUGUGUACGACAGAUAAAUAAAUAAAAAUAAAAUACAAUGUCUGGGGAAAAUGUUGCAACAUUGUCUAUGAACGAUUGAUUGGAAAGGGAAUAAAUAUUGUUGUGUUUGGAAUAAAUAAAAUCAUGUUAACAAACUAUACAGUGGUCGGAGGUGGAGGAAGAAGUACAAUAUCCACAAUGUUUAUUGGUCCAACUAAAUCUUCAAUCAUCACAACAAUUACAUCUAUUGCAAACACGUCUGCUAAUUCGUCAGACGCGCCCGGAAGUGACGCAGAGGAAAACGUCACAAAUAAAGUUGUGGUAGGCACGUUUUUGUGCUUAAUAAUAUUUCUUUCUCUUGCUGGAAAUAUUCUAGUGUGUAUAGCAGUAUUCACUGACCGAAGAUUGAAAAGGCUUAAUAAUAUGUUUAUUGUUUCUUUGGCUGUGGCCGAUCUUUGGGUGUCGUUGAUGGUCAUGACGUUUGCAGUAGUUAAUGACAUCACAGGAAAAUGGAUGUUCGGUAGCGCUUAUUGCAAUGUUUGGAUAUCUUCUGACGUUAUGGGUUCGACCGCGUCAAUUCUGAAUUUGUGUGUAAUAUCGUUAGAUAGAUACAUUCAUAUACGUGAUCCGCUGAAAUAUGCUAGGUGGAUGAACUGGAAAAAAGUUGUCAUAGCAAUCAGCCUCGUUUGGACAAUUUCAAUAAUUUUGUCAUUUAUUCCAAUAAACGUUGGUUGGCAUAAAAGUCCAGAGGAUUAUGAUAAAGAACUUCCGCCGGAAGUAUGCUACCUAGAAAUCAGCGGGACAUACGCAAUUGUGUCAUCCUCAAUUAGUUUUUAUCUUCCAUGCAUUGUAAUGCUAGCGUUGUAUUGUAAAUUAUACAUGUACGCACGUGAACAAGUUCGAAGUAUAAAUAGUACGCUUGUUCAUAACCACAUUGGAGAACAACGUGGUUCCGGUCAAGCGUCUAGAUUAAGUGAUCACAAAGCAGCUGUAACACUCGGAGUAAUAAUGGGCGUGUUUUUAAUAUGCUGGUUACCGUUCUUUAUUCUGAACCUGAUAGAAGCAUAUUGCAAAUGUGCACCAAUCAUUUUAUUUCAAAUUCUCACGUGGUUAGGAUAUUUUAAUUCAUGUUUAAACCCAAUCAUUUAUAGUAUUUUUAACUCAGAAUUCCGAAAUGCCUUUAAAAAGAUUUUAUUUCCAAAAAACUGUCGAUGUUUAAACAGAGAUAGACGCAGCUUCCGGUAUGGAAGUCCAAAAAAGUCAAAGAACGGAACAUCAACGAACAGUGAGUUUAUAACAACACGUCACGAGAAUGGCUCGAAAGCUUCCCACGAUUCUAAGCACCCGUUGAUGGAGGAAAAAAUCACUGCAUUAUAAGAUAAAAAAACAUACUCUAUGCUUUGUGAUAGAACUGGAAUUACAUGAAAUUCUAGAUUUUAUGAUUACGCAAAAAUAAUAUAUAUUUACACCGGUUUCAGGUGAUAACAUAUUUUUUUGUUGUGAACGGGAUUGUUGUGUACCCGUUUAAAAAGAACUGGUACGGAUAUUAUCAAGGAACCUGCCAUAUUGUGAUUUUUGCAAGUUUUUUUUCAUUUUGUUAACUGUUGUCUCAAAGUUAGAUAACGCAUAAAUAAAAUUGUUAUGAUGUAUUAGCAUUUUUUUUCAUAUUCUAAUUGUUUUUAAAGUGAAUUGGUCUACAAUGGAAGGUCUGUAAAAUAAUUAUGUGGAUAGCAUUUAGUAUCAAACAUAACAAAAAAAACAUAUAAAAAUUGUGUAUGGAUGUUGUUGAUUGUUGGUGAUAUAAGUGAUUCCUUACAUUUAUAAAGCAGGCAAUGAAUUAUUCCACAACAAAAUAUCAUUAUUCGUCAUAUAAAUGUUCAUUCUAAAUCACUUUAAACGUUGUCAGUUUUUAUCAGUAUUUGAAAUUCUUAUGGAAAAUGUGCCCAUUGUAGACCAAUCCACUUUAAGCAUUUUACUACUGUCAUUUGACCAUAGAAUAAUCAUUUGAAGCGGACAAUGAAUGUCUAUAGUUAGUACAGACAGUACGUUCGAACGUUAACCUAGAAAAUGUUAUAUUAACUAGUACUUUAAACGUAGUGUCUCCGUCCGGUUCAAGACUUUUCUUCCACUGUAUUUUUCCAUUAUUCUAAAUGGCAAUAUUCUUACAUCUGAUUGUAAAUAGUAUCGUGAAUUUAUGUUAGCAUAUUCUAUAAUAAUUUGAUUUUUCCAUAGUUUGCAUAUUUCAACUGAAGUUUAAAAUAUUUGUUCAAAUAAUUCGGGCUGAAACAUUCAAAAGUAUACGAUAAAUAUGAAUUUAUUGUUGACUGUUAGAUUGAAUAUAUUUUCAAAAUGCGGUCAUUUUAAGGGAGAAAUGGUUUAAAAUCAAACUGAAAAUUAGGUUCUUGCACUUUUUGUUAAAAGGGGUGUUUUAAAGUCUGUAACAUGAAAGCUGUCUUGUUUUGUUGUUUUUUUUCGAGUAUUAACCUGAAGAACAUUAUUUGUUAUAUUUUUGAACCCUUCAAAUUCAGAUCCCAUGACUUGAAAAAAAUCCAGCUUUUUUCUUUUAUAUAGCGACUGAUAUUUGUUAGUUAAAGUAAGUAAUUAUAUAUCUACAGACUGUGUAAACCAAACAUAAUUUGAAGAAGAAGAACUUAGUCCUCAUUUCAUUUUUAUGUGUAAAUGAUCAGUGUGAGUCAGUACUUUGUCAUAAAAACAAAUAUAUAUAGUAUAUAUGAUAUAUUUGCAAAAUUUUGUAGUUUUAUACAAAAUGCCUGCAAUAUUGAAAGUUAACUAAGUUAUAUUGCAUGAAUUGACCCUUCCUGAUUUAUUUGUCAGAAUAGACCCAGGACAAGUGCAUAUCCGCACAGGUUGUCUACGCACUCAUAGGGCGGGACGACCAGGCCACAUACUCUCGGCUGUUUACUGUAAAUAUCUCGAAAACCCUUCAUGUGAAGAGUUCAGACUUUUAUUCCGGACGAGUCAACUUGUGAAACUAAUGUUUUCAAAAACAAUCACGAUAAAAUGUAUUUCCUAUUUUCAGUGUUAUUUAAUUGUCCAUCCAAUUUGAGAUCACUCUGAUAUGGUGGUGAGCGUUUAGACAUUUCAAUAGUUUUACAAAUAUUGCAUUUUGCUAACUCUAUUGAAAGAGGCUUCUUUCAAAUGUAUUGAUCAGAGUUCGAUGCAAAUACUCUAUGGAUGAUUUAUUUGCAAAGAACGUGAAUAUAUUUUCUAUAUUAUGCAAUAAACUAUCUUCUUUGGAAAAUUCAUCUUACAUCAUAUGAACCGUAUAUAGCUGAAUAGUGUGUGAACAAAUUUUAGAUAUAAAAGAAUUUAUUUCAUAAUUUUAAAUUUUGUAUUUAAAUUUAGUAAACUCAAGAAGUAACUAUUGAUCUAUUUUGAUACUCUUUUAUGCUUUUUGAACAAAGGUAUGUUUACAUAUGCUAAUAUGAACUCUGUAAAUAUCUAUGCUUUUUUAACAAUAUAUUUAAAGUGUUUUACUACGCAAACUGGGUUGUAUGAAAGCAAUAUACUUUCUGGGUUUUUUUUUCUUUCUAGUUAAAGCGUGCAAUUUUUAUGUAUCAAAUGUUGAAAAAUACAGUUUGUGCUUAUAGAACAGUUUGACGUUUAAUUUCAUAGGAAUUCAAGUUUUCUCUUCAAACAAAAUAAUGGUGCCCACGUUAGAAUUAUAGCAAUAAAGUAUAAUUGUUGAUGAAAGCAAUUGUAUAUAAAUAUUUCAAGUUUUAACCAUCUACUUAGUUUUGAUGAUUAAUUUGUAAUUUGAUAAAACUGCUAAUAUUUACCAGUGCCGCUUUUCAAACAUCAUUUCUAAAAUACGAGUACAAGGAAUACUUUUCUCUUUUAAAUAAUUGGACUUUUUGACUAUUACUUUAAUGCUUGAUUCAUGUAAAAAUAAAGAUCGAUCGCAAACUUUUAAUAACGUAUUUAUUUAAUUGAUCUAUUUAUUGAAUAAAAAAUGUUGUAUAUAUUUCCUAGUUUUAAUAUAGUUCAAAGAUAGAUCAAUUUGUACAUUCAAGUGUUAUAAUCUUGAAAAGUACGUAAAACUUCGGAUAGCUUCUUAACUUUCCGUAUUUUUAAUUCAUUUGUUGUUAUUAUCAAUUAUUAAGUGAUCUUAUCGCAAUUUUUUAAUUAGAUUUUUUUCCAAUAUAAUACUCGAAUAUAUAUGUAAGAUAUGCUUGCUAAUCAUGGCAAUACUAUGUACUUCCAUUUACCGAAAUCCGUAACAUCUAUGCCAUCAGUCAUUAUUUUCCGUACGUACGUCCCCAAUUUUUAACUUAAGCGUCGGCGUGACACAAUUAAUCGAUGUAUCACAGACGCUCUUCAUUUUCAUUAAUAAAUCUACAGGAAGUGCCGAGCUUGGCAGGGUUAAUGUCUUUUAUUCAUAAAAUGAAUGCCCUAAUAAUUGAUGUAUAAUAGUAAAAUAAAUCGAACUUGAAUGGGCGUUUAGCAGGCUACUAUGGUGUACUGAUUUAUGUAAAUGAAAUGUUUAUUGACUUUGAUUGAUGUUUGCAAACACAAACUGAUAAAAUCAGGAACAUGAUUUUAAAACUUUGAUAGUUCAUCUGUAUAUUGAUUUUGUUGAUGAGUCUACGUAAACAGUGAAAACUUACGAAACUGACAUCUGUAAAUAAAAAUCAAGGUUGAGUGCUCAUUUUUACUGUUGAUUAAACAAAGUCGCAUUAUUUAUAUACAUAACUUGCUUAAUUUAUUCAUUAUUCAUGUCAUUGUAUUUGUUGAAUGCAAAAUGUUUUAAUACCAUUAUUUGAAAUACUUAUAUGUAAGCAUUAUACUUAAAAAUAAAUGAAAUUUGAAUACCUGUG